AUGUAUUCUUCACUAUUACUAUGUUCCAUCCUCGUUUUAUUUGGGUCAAUAAGUCUAGUCGAAGCACUACAAAUCAGCUUUUAUAGACAAGAACAACAAAUACCAAUAUUGGAGUCAUCACCAACAAUAACAAACCGUAUGCUUCUGAAAGACACCGCUUUGGCUCAUUAUGAAUCUAUUGUUGAUGAUGUUCUUAGCGAACAUAAUGAAAAUUUGUUGACUCAAUUAUCAACCAUUAUCAAGGAUCCACAUGAAAUUGUCUCCACCUUAAAGCCUGAAGCAAAGCACAUCCUGGCUUCUCAAACCGAAAUAUCAGACGUCUGUGUUGCACAAAUGCCUGGAAUCAUCGCUAAUUAUAUUCACGAGCUUACCAAUGAUAUUUACUCGAGUAUUGAAGGUAUCAUUUCCAGUCAUUGGAAGAAGAGCGAUAUAGAAUAUCGUAGACUAGUGUUGGACGCUGUAACUUCUCAUCUUAACAAAAAUGAUGAGCAGCAUGUAUUGACUGAGUUGAUGGGUUCUUUGGAAAUCAUCAAUAUGGAAAUUGCAGAUCAACUACUUUUUGUUGUGGAACAAUUUGACCUUUUUGGAAAGAUGAGCGACGCCCUUAAAUCAUGUCAAUCCCUUUUCAGUGAUACUGUCGAUGACCAACGGCAAGAAGAGGUGAAGAAGGAGGGAAAGACUGCCGGCUUCAUCUCCAAAAUAUGGAACGCUUUCCUCGUUUCUGUUACUCAAUCCGCUACAAUGACUAGCAACAGAUUUGACACCAGAAACAAUCAUGGUCUAUUGUCGAAAUAUAUACUAGAACUUAGAAUAGACCUUCAAUCUGAGUUAUUUUCUCGGGUUUACGAAUUGGCCAGGAAUAUUUACGAAGAUCUUGCUUUCAGUGCAUAA